AGAAUCCCCUAUCGUUUAUUUUGCUUCUACGGAACUUUUUAUAUCUUGUCGCUUUUGUAUAAUUUCUUUUUCUUUUCUUUCUCUUUCUCUCGUUUUUCUCUUCUUCUUCUUUGUCAUUGACACAUAUGAAAAAAUAAUGUCCUCCAAACAACCACUCUCUGAGAAUCAUCAUCAUACCAAUAACAACGAUAAAAAUCAAUCAGAUAAUAAUGUACCUAUUCCGGUUCCGAUAGAAAAUUAUACUCCAUACAGCGACAAUGAUCUCCCAUCAUCCUACGCCAUCUACACAGCAUUAAGAACAAAUCAUUUAGAUUCAGCAACCCAAUCUUUCAGCAAUUCCACACUUGCCAACAAACCUAAAAGGAGCAGCUAUCCAAAUUGGGAUACACAAGAUGCACCUUUAACAUUCGAUGAAAUAAGUGCUAUUUUUUUGAAUUAUGAGAGAAAAUAUGGCUUCCAGCAUGACAAUACACGCAACAUGUAUGAUCAUCUAUUAACCAUGCUAGACUCAAGGUCAUCGCGCAUGUCACCCAGAUUGGCUUUGUGGACACUUCAUGCAGACUACAUUGGUGGUGAACAUGCCAACUAUAGAAAAUGGUACUUUGCCGCUCACCUUGAUCUUGAUGAUCGUCACACACCUCGCCGUUCACCUACAGGUCUAUUAUUAGAAGAAGCUAAAAGAGAAUGGAGAGAACGUAUGGAGUCUAUGUCAGAUAUUGAUCGUAUUGCACAACUUGCGCUUUAUCUCUUGAUUUGGGGUGAAGCAGCCAUACUUCGAUAUACACCUGAGCUUUUAUGCUUUUUGUUUUAUACAGCUGAAGGAUAUAGAGAAAGCAUGAAUGAACCUGGAGUAGUUGCUGGAUCCUUUUUAGAUACAGUUGUUUCUCCUCUCUAUACCUAUAUGCGUGACCAGUGCUACCAAGUCAUCAAAGACCACUAUGUGCGUCGAGAAAAAGACCAUAAUCUUAUUGUGGGCUAUGAUGAUAUCAAUCAGUUAUUCUGGGACAAACGAUCUAUUGCUAAACUUCGGCUCAAAUCAAUUGACAAUGCACCAGUUCAAUAUCUAAAAGACAUUCCUAAAGAACAACGUUAUUUAGCAUUGGGACAUGUGGAUUGGGAUUCUGCUUUUGACAAGACAUUUUAUGAGACUCGGUCAUGGUUUCAUUUGCUGACUAAUUUCUCAAGAGUUUGGAUCAUUCAUACAGCCUCGUUCUGGUAUUACAUGGCAGCAAGUGUAGACUUUAUUUAUUUGGAUAGAAAGAACAGAACUACAGGGACUCAAAGUAAAACUAUUGAUUUACCAGUCAAGUUAUCCGUGGUAGGAUUAGGUGGACUCGUAGCCAUUCUAUUGAUGGCAUUGGCAACUCUAGCUGAAUUCAAGUACUUGAAGCUGACAUUCCAUACCAGCCGUAUCUUGACUACAAGACUCAUGAUACUCUUUUGUUUGGGUCUUUGCCAUGUAGCCUGCUCUUUUUAUAUUAUCAAGCAUGAUCAAAAGAGUACAUUCGCACUCGUCUUGUCUAGUUGUCAACUCGGUAUUGGUGCUAUUGUUUCUAUUGUCUUGGCCAUUGUCCCAUCUUCAAGUCUGUUUCAUCGACAAAAUUCAAGUCGUCAUUUGUCCUGCAAGACAUUCACAUCAAGUUUUCCGGAAUUGAUGAAUGACGAUCGGUUCUUAUCUGUCAUGAUGUGGAUCUGUGUAUUCAGCUGCAAGUUUCUUGAAACCUACUUUUUCUUAGCACUUUCGUUUCGUGAUGCUCUUUCAGUUACUACAUUGAUGCAUCUAAACAACUGUGGUACUGAUCCCUUAUUAGGAAGAUGGCUGUGUACUGCAAUGCCUAUCAUUACCACUGUAUUGAUGUUUUCAGUUGAGCUGGUCUUGUUCUUUUUGGAUACUUAUUUAUGGUAUGUGAUCUGGAAUACUGUCUUUUCAGUAUCUCAGUCAAUACAACUUGGUAUUUCUGUCAUGACGUCGUGGAAACAACUGUUUGCUCAAGUACCUCGUAAUAUGUUUGCCAAAAUCACAGCCACCAAAGAAUUUGUCUCUAUCCGGUUACGUCGCAUGGCCUGCUCUCAAAUGUGGAAUGCCAUUAUCAUCUCCAUGUAUCGAGACCACUUGCUAUCCGUCAAUAAUUUACAAUCGUUACUUUAUCAAGUUCAAGUGGAAGAAGACGAAGCAAACGUGGAUGGAGAAGUCAAGCGUGAACUUCAAGCCCCACCUAUUUUUGAUCCAUCCUCGUUUAAAAUGACCGACUAUUUCCCUCCUCAUUCUGAAGCCGAAAGAAGAUUGUCCUUUUUUGCCCAAAGUCUAUCCACACAAAUUCCUUCACCAUCAUCAGUUCAAAACAUGCCUACAUUUACUGUAUUUACACCUCACUAUGCAGAAAAAAUGCUACUUUCGUUACGAGAAAUCAUUCGAGAAGAAGACUCAACAACCCGUGUCACAUUAUUGGAAUAUUUGAAGCGUCUACACCCUGCUGAAUGGAACAACUUUGUCAAGGAUACCAUGUUUAUUGCUGAAGAAAAUGAAAUUCCUUCUAAACCUUCUGAGAAAGACGAUUUACCAUUCUAUUGCAUUGGCUUUAAAUCUUCAGCCCCUGAAUAUACGCUCAGGACCCGUGUUUGGGCUUCUCUUCGCGCCCAAACAUUGUACCGUACCAUAAAUGGAUUUAUGAACUAUGCUCGCGCAUUAAAAAUUCUAUAUCGAAUCGAAAACCCUGAUUUAAAUGAUCCAGUUGCAUCCACCACAGCAUCUCAAUCGGGGAGUAGUAGUCGUGUUGGUGUUGACAUUGAAAGCGAUAUUGAAACAUUUGGUGGCUCACUUGCUGAUAAGAAGAAGGAGACAGAGACCUUGUUGGACGCCAUGGCUCAUCAAAAGUUUCGAUUCUUGGUAGCUAUGCAACGCUAUGCAAAGUUUAACGCUGAAGAGGCUGCUAAUUGUGAAUACCUAUUGACCGAAUACCCGCAUCUUCAGAUUGCUUAUAUUGAAGAAGAGCGAGAUCAAGAAUCAGAUCAGACCUUUUAUUAUUCAGUUUUGAUUGAUGGCCAAUGUGAACUUUUGCCUAACAAUAAGCGUGCUCCAAAAUACCGUAUCCGAUUGCCUGGAAACCCAAUCUUAGGUGAUGGCAAGUCUGAUAAUCAGAAUCAUGCGUUGAUCUUUUAUCGGGGUGAAUACUUGCAGCUGGUGGAUGCAAAUCAAGACAAUUAUCUGGAAGAAUGCUUGAAAAUUCGUAGUAUCUUUGGUGAAUUUGAACAAGAAAAAGAUCAAUUACAACUUGACCAGGUCUAUGCAUUACACAGCACAUCACCUUCUGAGAAUACUAACCCAUCGGCCUCAAAACAAAGAUCGCCUGUAGCAAUUGUGGGUGCCCGAGAAUAUAUUUUUUCAGAAAAUGUUGGUAUGCUUGGCGAUGUAGCAGCAGGAAAGGAACAAACGUUUGGUACUUUGACUCAGCGUAUCAUGGCUAAAACUGGUGGUCGCUUGCAUUAUGGUCAUCCUGACUUUUUGAAUGCAGUAUUUAUGACAACCCGUGGUGGCGUAAGUAAGGCUCAACGAGGUCUUCAUUUGAACGAAGAUAUUUAUGCGGGCAUGAAUGCACUAGUAAGAGGUGGUCGAAUCAAACACACAGAAUAUCUACAGUGUGGAAAAGGUCGUGAUCUAGGUUUUUGUUCUAUUCUUAACUUUACAACCAAGAUUGGUACAGGGAUGGGUGAACAGUUGCUUUCUCGAGAAUACUAUUAUUUGGGUACUCAGCUUCCUUUGGAUCGAUUCUUGACGUUCUACUAUGCACAUCCCGGUUUCCAUAUGAACAACAUUAUGAUCAUUUUUGCUGUACAAGUCUUCCUGUUUUGCAUGACUUUUGUGGGUACAAUGGCCGCGGGCUUACCUCAUUGCAAAGGCGAUAACUGUUUUGAUGUCAAACCUGUCUAUGACUGGUUACAAAGAUGUAUUUUGUCUAUUUUUAUGGUUUUUUUUAUUGCAUUCUUACCACUGUUUCUACAAGAAUUGACUGAAAAGGGUACAAUCCGAUCAAUUUGGCGAUUGAUCAAGCAAUUCCUGUCUUUAUCUCCACUGUUUGAAGUCUUUGUUACACAGAUUUAUGCCAAUUCGGUACUGUCCAAUUUGAGCUUUGGUGGUGCACGCUAUAUUGCCACUGGUCGAGGCUUUGCUACAUCGCGCUUACCUUUCUCUGUUCUCUAUUCAAGAUUUGCGCAUCCCAGUAUUUAUUUUGGUGCUAGAACAAUGUUUAUGUUGUUCUUUGUCUCGCUUGCUCUUUGGAUUCCUCAUCUUAUUUACUUUUGGGCCACUGUUGCUUCAUUGGUUAUAUCACCGUUUGUAUUUAAUCCUCAUCAAUUUGUUUUGACAGAAUUUAUCAACGACUACCGUGAGUUCUUGGGAUGGUUGUCAAGGGGUAAUUCGUCACGCUCAUAUGAGCAUUCAUGGAUUUCAUUCUGUCGUCAAAUUCGUACACAAGUAACAGGUAAUAAGAAGAAAGCAAGACAGAAUUCGACCAUGCUUGAGAAUAAGCCAAUUGUAGCUGUACCGCGAGCAAGGCUCUCCAGUAUCUUUUUUGCCGAAAUCUUGAUGCCAUUUUUCCAAGCCAUCCUGUGUGUUGCCUGUUAUACUUUCUUCAAAAGCCGUGAACAAGUCAAUGUCUAUGGUACACUCAAGAGCCCCAUUAACACAUCAUUAGGCCCCUUUGGUGCCUUGGGGCGUGUUUUACUCAUCGCUCUUGCACCUAUUGCAUUUAAUGCAGUCAUGUUGGUCUUGAUACACAUAGUGUCGAUCAUGUUUUCUAGCUUCAAAAGAACAGGCUUUUACAUGUCGACAUUAGCACACACGCUAGCACUGCUCGGCUUUGUCUUUUGUUCUGAAGUCUUGUGGGCCUUGGAAAGAUUUGAAAUGCGUUCAACAAUACUUGCCUUACUUUCAGUGUUUACUAUCCAACGCUUUAUAUUCAAGGCAUUUGUCAGUCUAUUCUUAACUCGAGAACUACACCAUGAUGCAACCAACAGAGCUUGGUGGACAGGCAAAUGGAUAAAGAGCCAUGUAAGUACAAAACAACAUGGAACAGACUCGGUUGACUCAUGGUUUUUUUUAUGGUAGGUUGCAAACUUGGCAGCAAGAGAAUAUAUCUGUAAGAUUGUUGAAAUGUCAGUGUUUACCACUGAUUUUAUAUUGGGACAUUUGAUCUUGUUUGUAUUGUUCCCUUUUACACUUAUUCCUUCUGUGGA